AUGAGCAAGUCAGUAAAUUCUUUUUGGUUUAUGGAAUUCAAUGCGUGGAGAACUGCAGACACUUAUCAAUAUGGCUAUGAUUAUUUGCGGCAAUCUUUGGGAGAUUCAGUUUUGAGGGGAGUUCUCGCAACUCCUUUUGAUAUUGCUUUAGUUGAUGAGACUUAUACAUCACUUCAAGGAGCGAUUGCUUUGAAACUUCGGGAGAAGUUUGGGACGAAGAUUAUUGCAUUUUCCACGACAGGUAGGUUAGAGACAUAG